GGAUUGGUGACACGUGCAGGAUCUGGGCAGAGAGUGAGACUCAACAACCAUGUCGGUGGCGUUCAACAGCGAGUCAAGUGAGAUGAAGUACAGCGGCCUGGACUUGAUAGAGACGGACAGUCAGUUCAGAAGCCAGAGGAGGUCCACCACUGCAGAGCGCUGGAUGAGACCUGCUGCAGCGUGCUCUGUGCUCCUGGUUCUUCUCCUGCUCCUAGUGGUUCUGAUCUUGGUGGCCCAAAAUACAGGAAGGAGCAGCACUCAGCCAGCAAGUGAGAGCUUGAAGUCUCAGUGGGAGAACCUGACCAUUCAGUGGCUCCAGCUGCAAGACAAGUGCCAUGCACUGGAGAAGGAGAAGGAGGCCAUCAAAGCCGAGCGGGACGUCAUCAGUGUGGAUCGAGACUGCCUGAGAGCAGAACGGGAUGCCCUCAAACCAGAGAGAGACGCCCUGAAAAACGAGACCAAAGUCUGCGCAGCUGAUAAGCAAAGGCUGGGAACUGAGAACAAAGUCCUUCUAGCUGAGCGAGAUGGUCUCAGAGCUGAGCGAGAUGGUCUCAAAGUUGAACGAAAUGAUCUCAGUGAUGAACGAGAUGGUCUCAGAGCUGAGCGAAACCAGAUGAGGGAGGCAAACAAGAACCUGACUGAAGAGAUCGAAGGGCUGAAGAGGAGGUAUGACAACUUGGUGAGACACAUGGACCACACUCUAAAUGGCACAGACAAAGCUUGUCCUGUUGAGUGGCUGCAAUUUGAAAGCAGCUGCUACUACAUCUCCGCAGCUCAGGAGCCCAAACGUUGGCUGACCAGUAAAAAAGAAUGUGAGAAUCUAAAUGGACACCUGGUGAUAAUCGACUCCAAACAAGAGAACGACUUUGUCUCCAAGUUCUUCCAGCACAUCUGGAUCGGUCUGUCAGACAGGGAUAAGGAGGGAAAGUGGAAGUGGGUUGACGGCACCGCGCUCACUGGCACCAACUACUGGGCGUCAGGGGAGCCCAACAACGCAGACAGCAACGAGGACUGUGCGGAAUUGCUGCGAGAUUCCAAAGAAUGGAAUGAUGUUCCAUGUGGGCAAACCUUAUCGUUCGUUUGCGAGAUGUGAGGAAGCCCAUCAGAACCAUCAGAACGGAGCUGAGCACCGAGCUGUGUUGCUCUGUGGAUCCACAGGUGUCGCUUAUCUGUUUCAUGACGCCAGAAACCAGAUGAUCUCAAUCACACGACAAAAAAGAAUUAACAUCCCACUGUUUGUUGACACCCAUUUGAUUUUUUGUCAUCUGCUUCAGUCUGAAUAAAGAUAGAGAAAAAACACCUUUCAGAUUUGUCACGUGUUAUUCACGUGACAGGCGACCAUAUAAAUGCAACUGUCGUGUCUUUGA